GUCUCGCGAAAGGUCGCCAGCAGUCUGUGGCGAUACUUGAACCGCAACGGUCGUGUUUCGAAUUUCGAAUUGCUGACAAAUAGUCUCGAUACUUUUACAAACGAAUUUAAAAAGUAAGUGACUGGCCGAUAAAAGUAAAAUAAAAAUGGCGCGAGUGUGGUUUAUUGUGGCAGUGUUAAUACAAAUGGUUUAUGCAAAUAACUUUGAUGAACGAAAUUGCGACGAAUGCAUAAGAAAGGGUCAUAUAUGGUGCAAGGAACUCGGGAGCGAGCACUGUCCUAUAAAAGCAAACGACGACUGGUGUCCGACAGAACGAGAGGAGCUACCACCAUUGCCUGCCAGCGAGUCACACGUUGCAAAAGAAAAAAGGUUGUACAUAAGCAACCCUGGACGAGUGAAGAUUCCGUAUGCUUCUCCAACCAAACUAAACGCGAACGUUGCAAUCGUAAACUCGACACAAACCAAAAACAUCGUAGUGUCCAUUUUCGACACAGAAUGCGAUGGAUCGCAAUGUGUCGCUACCAUCGAAGCAAUUGUACAACCAGAUUAUUGUUUAUCGACUGGAUCGGUUUACGAACAUGCCUACGCGAAGGUGACCAUCGGGACACUGUCCGAGUUUAUAAUCAAGUACCACAUAGCAUGCGCGUGCAUGUGCAGCCAACAUGUGGAGAUGGAUUCCAUGAAGUGUAAUGGUUAUGGUAAUUUCACCUGCGGCGUCUGCUCGUGUCGCAAAGGAUGGACCGGACCAAAUUGCGAAACGCAAAUUUGCGAAGCGAAACGUGGAGACUUGCAGUGUACCAACCCGGCAAAAGAUAAUGUGGAAUGUUCAGGGAACGGGUACUGCGGCCCGUGCGACACGUGCGUCUGCUACACCGACCGCGAGGGCUCGCAGUACUUCGAAGAGGAGUACUACUGCGCCGACCUCUGCAUGAUCACCAACUACUGCGACACUUGCCUCCUCAACAACACCCUCGGGGAGUGCUGGGACUGCGUCAAUAACAACAACAUGAUGACCAAGUUGGCUUACAACGAGACUCUCACUCAACGCGUCGAUGAGUUCAACAGAAAAGUGUGGGUGAAAUGCAAUGAGACGAUAGACGACUGCUACAUCGAGUACUGGGCAAUGAAAGAGGAGAAUGAGAUCAGCAUUAUGAUACAGAAGUCUUGCAAUGAUGCGUCGUACGAAUAUGUCAGCGCAGGACCUAAAGUGCCUUUGAUUAUGGGCAUCCUGGGUGUGAUCGCCGCUGUUGCUACCGUGGUCGGAGUACUAGCGUGGAAGCACUUCACCGCUGUGCCACCCCUGCCGCUCUCCGACCCUGAGUACCAAAACAUCGAUGCCGAGGACUGUACGGGAGAAAAUCCAUUGUACAAAUCUCCCAUGUCUUCCUUCAAGAACCCGACGUACGGCAAAUGGUAGUCUUGGUGUUCACCUGCUGGCUGAAUCAUCCGAUGUCCUGAUCGAAAGGGUCAGCCGGACCGCUUCUGACCUGAAACCGACACAUUUUUUCACAAAAAUGCAUCGGAACUUUUCGUCCUGGAUGCGGACCUGCGUUCGUUACCAAUUCCAACACUGCCUGUGAUCAACACUGGUGCGAUGAAGAAAUUACUUUCGUCCGGUGUUCGCGUCGCAAAAUGAAUGUAGUUUACAUUCUAUAAAGUAGUUUAUAGUUAUUAAUAACGGAUUAUAUAAUGCCUCUGUGAUAUUUAUGUUGAUUUACUUAGAGAUGGUGUGAUGAGUCAUCGGAUAACGAGUUUUCUUUGAUUCAUUAUCUAAUAGUAAACACACCCGUACUCCGCAUUGUGUGCCGUUGACGCAAUAGCUGUAAUAAUAAUGAUAAGAAUAAUUGUAGUAAGCUUAGUAGUUGUAUUUAAGAUGAAACUCGUCUCACAAUGAACCAGAAAAAUCAUACCAUAAUAUUAAAAUUUAUACCAGUAAUUUGACAAUAAUUUGUGCAAUGAAUUAAAAAUCGUCUGAUUAACAAUGACAAUAAUAAUAAGACUACUGGUGCCUUUAAACAAGCCUUACAUUAUAAUAAACAGAGGAAAUGCCACAUAAGUAGGUCGUUGAGAAGGUGUAUACACUUUAGCAAAUUUGAAACUUAGCGUAGGCGUACCACAUAAUAUUAGUGGGCAGAUCCAUUGUGAACUCGUUUUGAUGACUAACGCCUUACUCGAACUGGCACAAAAUGGCAUCAAACGUGUCUUUGGAUCAUUUCUAUUAUUGUCAGUAAACGCAAUACAAUAACAGCUCGUAUUGAAACUAUGUAAUUCAAAGGGAAAAAAUGUAAACAAGUAUCAAGUGCCUACUUUUACGUGAUCUCUAUAAAUAUGAAUUCCACAGAUCCCAACAAAGGAUGUAUUUAAAAAGUGGCUAUUUGAUUACAUUUUGUCCUUUCUUAAAAUACAGUUAUAUAGAUUAUGAUUUUGUUCUAAAUAUGAUUUACGGCAUAAUCUGAUGUGUGUAUGUUGCGGAGUUGAGAAGAUAUAAUGUACAGCGAUUGAAGUAUGGGGCAUCACAGAAUAUAUUAUUCCUAUGUUCUAUUUGGAUCCUAUAACCGAAUCGUUGCACAUUAUAUUUUCUAAACUAAACUUAAUUGAUCCUAUUGAUACCUUGAGUUUCAAGAGGAAACAUGUACAUUUCUUUGUAACAAUAGCAAUGUACAAUUUAAUGUAUGUAAUAAUUAGUGCGUAUUUUGAAUAAUGGAGUUCCUACAGAAAAAAAACAAUUGCAAAUCAAUUUUUAUAUUUUGGCAUAAUUAGACCAAAGUAUUUUAUUGAAAUCAGUAUUUUAAAUAUGUAGAUCUGAUAAACGAAAAAUAAAUGAGUAAAUCUGAUUUUUAAAAUUGAAUAUUUUGUUAGUUUUAACUAUGAUUGUAAUAAGUUUCAUUAGUAUGUAAUGUAGUGAAUGCUUCUUGAAAUUAUUCGCGUUAAAAGGACCAAUUUCUUUAAGUGGGCUAUUAAUUUACCGUUUUUUUACAUUAUCUAUACAUAAUUUAGUUUUUAACUCAUUUACCACUUGGCGUCUCCAAUUCCUCGAUGUCACCUGCAAAUAAAUGAACAAAUAUUUUUUAUAUAUUUCAAAUACAGCAAAGAAUAUUAUGAUUAUAAACUCUUCAAAACCGUAUUGUCAACUGCCCACAAACUACAAGAAGCAUAUUUCUCAUUUAGCUGAGCGCUUAAGUACUUCUUUUAGAUAUUUUUUGUAAAUAUUGUUUAAUUUGAAUAUCCAAGAUAUUUAAUUCACGUAAGAAGCUAAGUAGAUUUUAUUGAUUUGUAAAUAAAGACAUUAAAUUAUUUUUAAGUUAUGUUUAAAUUGUUCACGUCACAUUUGUUUAAUUUAUAUAAUAUAAUGUAUAGCUUAUUCUAAACUUGAUAAAUAAAAAAAAAUCUCCCCUACAAUUUAAAGUAUAAUUAUUUCUUAUUAAAUUAUUAAAAUUCAACAUCGAAUCACAUUCAAAUACCCACAGUAACAAAAUAAAACUAAAACGCGUCGCUUUUUGCAUUUUAACAAUGAGUUCAGCUAUGAACUAAAGUUCUAUUAUAGUUUAGUAAUAAACUUGCUACUGAAUUAGCUAAAGCUUUCAAAUUUUACAUUUCAAAUAUGUAUUUAUACUAAAAGGCUCUUAUAACCUAAUAAUAUAAGUAGCAUUUUAUAUUUUUGUAAAUUUGUAAUAUGUAUAAACUAGUCAAUAAUAAAUGUUUUUAAACGUAA